GUAUGAGCUCAUCGGUGGCUCCAGAAGGCAACAUGACAACUCAGUUCAUGCUCGUCAGAGACACCUUCACCACGGCGUUUGUGAAGAACCUGAUUGUGGUUUUGGUCUGGCUCGUCCUCAGUUACAUCAACGGCAGCUUGGUUGCCACUUUUUUUAGACACCAGACCUUUUACCAGGACCCUCGCUACAUCCUCUUCAUCCACAUGGUGAUAAAUGACGGCAUCCAGCUGACCAUCACCAUCAUGCUCUUUGUCCUCAGCUACAUCUUCUACAAGAUUAACGUCUCUUUCUGCUGCGUCUUCAUCCUGGUGGCAGUUUUUACAACCAGAAACACCCCGGUAAACUUAGCCAGCAUGGCCAUAGAGCGCUACAUUGCCAUUUGUGAGCCUUUACGCCACCCCCAAAUCUGCACAGUGAAACGCACUUACAUCGUCAUCGGGUUGAUUUGGUUUAUAUGUGUGGCUCCGGAUAUCACAGAUCUGUUUGUGACGCUAGCAACCGAGUCCCUGAGCUUCUUUCAUGAGUCUGUGUUCUGCUUGCGACAGAAUGUGUUCAAAGACCCGAUCCUGAAGUACAAGAGACAAGCCUUUGACAUCAUCUACUUCUCCUGCGUGUUUCUGACUCUGGUCUUCACCUACCUGAGGAUCCUGUUUGCAGCGCGGGCCCUCUCCACGGAGAAGGUGUCCGCCCAGAGAGCCAGGACCACCAUCCUGCUGCACGGGGCCCAGCUGGCCAUGUGCAUGCUCUCUUACAUCUCCCCGAGCGUGGAGAUCAUCCUGCGUCUAAUCUUCCCCAGACAAAUCCUAGAAAUCAGAUUCACAAAUUUUUUAAUUGUCUACAUCCUGCCGAGGUUUCUAAGUCCGAUAAUCUAUGGUGUCAGAGACAAAAAGUUCAGAAAGUACCUCAAGAUCUAUCUUCUCAGCAACAGUUGCAGGACCAAACUGAAGACUGUGGCCCCUGUGGAUAGAGAUGAUAAAAGAUAA